AUGGAUGAAAAGAUUCCAGGUUGUAAACUGUUUCUCGGUGAUCGACCAAUACAGAUAACGAUAGCGAGAGCGUUUCAAUCGUUGAGCGUGUAUGAACUUGGACAAGUGCUUUAUCAUCUCACAACCACUAACCCCAAGCCACUGGAUAAAGAUCAACUAGAAAAAUACAAAGAUAAAGACUUUGUUCAAGCGCAAUUUGAAGAGAUCACUAGGGAUGUGCCUGCAUUUAAAAAGAUAUUUCAUGUAUUUGUCGACGAGAGAGAUAAGUGCCUUGCCUAUUCUUUACAAGAAUGUGUUCGUACUGUAGAGCAUCCACGAGUAUUGGCUGUGGUGGGCAUGGGACAUGUUGAUGGAAUUGCUAAGUACUACGGCAGAAUGAAACAAGAGGAUAUUGUGCCUUUACUUUUUCUACCACCUCCGCCAAUAUAUUCCAUAAUAUUAAGAAAAGGAAUGAAGUACACAUUUUAUUUUUUGGUAUUCUCUUUUUUUUAUAGACUAAUAUUUGGCUAAAUAAAGUGAUUUUAUUAAA